AUGAGCGAAAUCAAAUCAUACACAAACGAAGAAUUGGGCCCAUUGCCUACCAAAGCUCCACAACUCCCCAAGAAUGUCUUGGACAUGUUCUCCCUUAAGGGUAAGGUUGCCUCUGUGACAGGUUCCUCCGGUGGUAUUGGUUGGGCAGUUGCCGAGGCAUUUGCCCAGGCUGGCGCUGAUGUUGCUAUCUGGUAUAACUCUCACCCAGCAGAUGAAAAGGCCAAAUACUUGUCUGAAACUUAUGGUGUCAAGUCCAAGGCUUACAAAUGUAACAUUAGCGACCCCGAAAGUGUUACUGAAGUGAUUAACCAACAAGAAAAAGAUUUUGGCACCAUCGAUGUCUUUGUCGCCAAUGCCGGUGUUGCAUGGACAGACGGACCAGAAAUCUACGUUGAUGGCUACGAUAAAUGGAACAGAAUUAUCCACACCGAUUUGAAUGGUGUUUACUACUGUGCACACACCGUGGGUAAGAUUUUCCAAAAGAAUGGUAAAGGUUCAUUGAUUAUUACUUCAUCCAUGUCUGGAUCGAUUGUUAAUGUGCCACAAUUGCAAGCUGCUUACAACACUGCAAAGGCAGGUUGUACCCACUUGACCAAGUCCUUGGCUGUAGAAUGGGCCCCAUUCGCAAGAGUCAACUCUGUGUCGCCAGGAUACAUUGCAACCGAUAUCUCUGAAUUUGUCGAAAAAGACAUGAAGGCUAAAUGGUGGCAAUUGACCCCAUUGGGUAGAGAAGGUUUGCCUGAGGAAUUGGUUGGUGCUUACUUGUACUUGGCUUCAAAUGCAAGUACAUACACCACAGGUGCCAACUUGGCUGUCGAUGGUGGUUACACAUGUCCAUAA